AUGGAUUUCGGAAAUAAGAGAAUUGCUGUGAUUGGUGGCGGCCUAGGUGGCAUGGCAUUUGUGAAUGCCGCGCUCUAUGCUGGACUGGAAAACAUUCAACUCUACGAACAAGCUCCCGAGUUUACAGAAGUGGGAGCAGGUGUCAACAUAACCAAAAAUGCAAAUAUCAUCCUUGACGCAUAUGGGCUCAAGGAUGCCAUGCGAUGGAAAUCUUCCCACGACCCUCCGUGCUACAUGGAGUACCGUAACUUCAAGACCGGCGAGGUGUUUGGACAAAUUGACGAAUUCGGUCAGCCCUCGAGUCGGCAGAUCCACCGCGCACAUCUCUUGGAAGUUAUGAAAGAACGAGUUCCUGAAUCAAUUUUGAACACGGGGAAGCGAUUGACCUCAAUUGAGUGGGACAAGACGAACAAAGAGUAUGCCAUUUCUUUCCAAGAUGCGACGGCAGCGACCGCGGAUAUCAUAAUUGGAUGUGAUGGCAUCAAGUCUGCUGUUCGCGCUCAUCUGGGCUUCGCAGAUCAUCCAAAUUAUUCUGGUCAGAUGGUCUACCGUGGGUAUGUUGAAUACUCGGAUCUUUCUCCCACAGCAGCACAAGAGCUUCGAAAGACGGUCGUUUAUAGAGGGAAGCAGAGACACAUUCUCACACUGCCGAUUGGAAACGGGGAGUCGAAGACUGCUCGAGUUGGAGUUAUCGGAUUCAUGACUGAGCCACUGGAGGAGUGGGUGUCUGAAAGCUGGAUGGCAAAAGCGCCGGUUGACAAACUGGCAGAGCAUGUCGAGGGAUGGGCACCGACCUGCCAGGAGAUCAUCGAGGGUUUGAGGAAGAACGCCGAGCGAGGCCCUGACAAAGGAUUGAUUUUGAAGCAGGCUCUCUAUGUUAGAGAUCCAAUUCCGAAGUGGUAUCAGAUUGAAGAGGGAGAGACUGGAUCAGGAAUCAUACUUCUGGGCGACUCGGCGCAUUCGACUUUGCCGCAUCAAGGACAAGGAACAUGCAUGGCUAUCGAGUCAGGCGUAGCGCUAGCCACCGUUCUGAAGAACUGGAAAGGAGAAGACCUCGAAAGCGCAUUUGCCUUCUACCAAGGUCUGCGAAAGCCAAGGACAGAUAAAGUGACAAAAACGAGUUACGAGGCUGGAAAAUUGGCAAGUGCAGAUGUACCAGAGGGAACAUCCCAAGUGUUCAAUCCUGAUGCGUUGAGGGAGAGGAUGAAAUGGAUUAUGAACUAUGACGUUUUGAAGGAUGUUUACGAGCAAGGAGCGCCGUACUUUGAAGAUAGUGGGAACGGAGAAGUGCAGAUACAAGCGCAGCUAUAA